AMCAACACGYAGUUGUUGUGUGACUUUUAAUAGUCAACGUGAAUUUCAAUUAAGUUAAUAUAUUCACACGUUCAAGCGAAACAAAACGCUUUCGAUUUCUAGUGUGACCGCCCCGAAAUCCUAAAGCAGCAGUUAAGUUUCUAUUUCGGUCGACAAGAUCAAAAUCAUCCCCCGCUUCGUAUGGAGUUAAAUUGUUAAAUAGACAAGAUGUCGUCACAGCGAAAUAUUGGCAAAAUGUACUGCUUAGCUGACGUGAUAUGCUUUGCAGUKGUGGGACUCGCCAACCUUUUAUUGCACGUCACGAAUCUACAGCCUUCAAUGCGUGGAUUUCACUGCAAUGACGAAAGUUUGAACUACCCUUACAGAAAAGAAACUAUAUCAACUCUKGCUGCAUUGUUCUCUGGUUUAGCUUUAGGAAUCGUAACGAUUGUCGUUUGUGAGACUCUUCGACAUUUUGUAUUUAAAUUCAAGCCGAAAGGUGCCGGUAGAGAUGAUUAYUACAUCACUUGUGGCCCAAUAGUCCUUAGACCAUGGCAAAGAAGGAUURUUUUCAUAAUCUUCAUGUUUGGUUUUGGUAUGGUAGUAACCAACCUUUUCACUGAUGUCGGCAAGCUGUUAAUUGGUCGGCUGCGUCCAUACUUCCUAGCAGUAUGCAAGCCCAAUUUAAGCAACAUUAAUUGUAGUACUGGGGUGUUUGUCACUGAUGAUGUCUGCACUGGAGAUAAGACACAGAUCAAAGAAGCCAGACUUUCCUUCCCAUCUGGUCACUCAUCAUUCUCUAUGUAUACUACAAUGUUUGURGCUAUGUACCUGGAAAAUGCCAUUCCUACAAAGAAGACAACACUCUUCAAGCCUCUUCUUCAAAUAACAGUUAUUAUACUUGGAGUCCUUUGUGCUUUAUCAAGAAUAUUUGACUAUUGGCAUCAUUGGGGUGAUGUUCUAACUGGCAUGGCGAUAGGAACACUUGUUGCAGCAUUUGUGGUGUUCAAGCCGCUAGCUCUAUUUUCCAGCAAUACGGGUGACCGAUUUGCGAGUAGACAGUCAGGGAUGGAGAGUGAGUUGGACGCUAAACCGACCUCCUCGCGAUCGACCGAACUCCGAUCACCUGGAAGCCCAAAUAUGGCCUAAUAGCGCAACCCUCCAAUAUCGAGCAACUCGUGAAUACCCGAACUAAAUUCACCAAACCAACCAGCUAUGGUAUUUAUAGAUAUUUAGGUUCAUUUGUAACAAAGAGUUAAUACAAUAAAAUAUAUUGUAAAAAUGA